AGUUUGGUGCCCCGGAGCGGGGUGUCGGCGCCUCACUCGGGUGGAGCCGCGCCGGAGACAGGCUGCGGUAAAAGGCUUCAGGACUAAAAUGUUCCACUUAAGGACUUGUGCUGCUAAGUUGCGGCCCUUGACGGCCUCCCAGACUGCUAAGACAUGUGCCCAGAGCAGGCCGCCAGCGGCCAGGACGUUUCCGCAGGCUCGGUGCUACUCAGCACCAGUUGCCGCCGAGCCCUUUCUCAGUGGGACUAGUUCAAACUAUGUGGAGGAGAUGUACUGUGCUUGGCUGGAGAACCCCAAGAGUGUACACAAGUCAUGGGACAUUUUUUUCCGCAACACCAAUGCCGGAGCCCCUCCAGGCACUGCUUAUCAGAGUCCCCUUCCCCUGAGCCGGAGCUCCCUGGCGGCUGUGGCCCAGGCUCAGCCCAACGUGGACAAACUCGUGGAGGACCACCUGGCGGUUCAGUCUCUCAUCAGGGCAUAUCAGAUACGAGGGCACCACGUAGCACAGCUGGACCCCCUGGGGAUUUUGGACGCUGAUCUGGAUUCCUCCGUGCCCGCUGACAUUAUCUCAUCCACAGACAAGCUUGAUCUUGCCGUUUUCAAGGAUCGACUUCGAAUGCUAACAGUAGGAGGGUUCUACGGCCUGGACGAGUCGGACCUGGACAAGGUCUUUCACCUGCCCACCACCACGUUCAUCGGCGGACAGGAGUCGGCGCUGCCCCUUCGGGAGAUCAUCCGCCGGUUGGAGAUGGCCUACUGCCAGCACAUCGGGGUGGAGUUCAUGUUCAUUAAUGACCUGGAGCAGUGCCAGUGGAUCCGGCAGAAAUUCGAGACACCCGGGGUCAUGCAAUUCACCAAUGAGGAGAAGCGGACACUGCUGGCCCGUCUUGUGCGCUCCACCAGGUUUGAGGAGUUCCUGCAGAGGAAGUGGUCUUCUGAAAAGCGUUUUGGGCUGGAAGGCUGCGAGGUGCUCAUCCCCGCACUCAAGACCAUCAUCGACAAGUCAAGUGAGAACGGCGUGGACUACGUGAUCAUGGGCAUGCCGCACAGGGGGCGGCUGAACGUGCUUGCCAACGUCAUCCGGAAGGAGCUCGAGCAGAUCUUCUGUCAGUUUGAUUCCAAGCUGGAGGCAGCUGAUGAGGGUUCCGGAGAUGUCAAGUACCACCUGGGCAUGUACCACCGCAGGAUCAACCGAGUAACCGACAGGAACAUCACUCUAUCCCUGGUGGCAAACCCAUCCCACCUGGAGGCCGCGGACCCUGUGGUCAUGGGAAAGACCAAAGCUGAGCAGUUCUACUGCGGGGACACCGAGGGGAAGAAGGUCAUGUCCAUCCUCCUGCACGGGGACGCCGCCUUCGCUGGCCAGGGCAUCGUGUACGAGACCUUCCAUCUCAGUGACCUGCCAUCCUACACGACCCACGGCACCGUGCAUGUGGUCGUCAACAACCAGAUUGGCUUCACCACAGACCCGCGGAUGGCCCGCUCCUCCCCGUACCCCACUGACGUGGCCCGUGUGGUGAACGCUCCCAUCUUCCACGUGAACUCGGAUGACCCCGAGGCUGUGAUGUAUGUGUGCAAGGUCGCGGCCGAGUGGAGGAGCACUUUCCACAAGGACGUGGUCGUUGACCUGGUGUGUUACCGGCGCAAUGGCCACAACGAGAUGGACGAGCCCAUGUUCACGCAGCCACUGAUGUACAAGCAGAUCCGCAAGCAGAAGCCCGUGUUGCAGAAGUACGCGGAGCUGCUGGUGGCUCAGGGUGUGGUCAACCAGCCUGAGUAUGAGGAGGAAAUCUCCAAGUACGACAAGAUCUGCGAGGAAGCCUUUGCCCGGUCCAAGGAUGAGAAGAUCCUGCACAUCAAGCACUGGCUCGAUUCACCCUGGCCUGGCUUCUUCACACUGGACGGACAGCCUCGGAGCAUGUCGUGCCCCUCCACGGGCCUCCCGGAGGACGUCCUCACACACAUCGGGAACGUGGCCAGCUCAGUGCCCGUGGAGAACUUCACCAUCCACGGAGGCCUGAGCCGGAUCCUGAAAACGCGCGGGGAGCUGGUCAAGAACCGGACCGUGGACUGGGCUCUGGCCGAGUACAUGGCGUUCGGCUCACUCCUCAAGGAGGGCAUCCACAUCCGACUGAGCGGCCAGGACGUGGAGCGCGGCACCUUCAGCCACCGCCACCACGUGCUCCAUGAUCAGAACGUGGACAAGAGGACCUGCAUCCCCAUGAACCACCUGUGGCCCAACCAGGCGCCUUACACAGUGUGCAACAGCUCGCUGUCUGAGUACGGCGUGCUGGGCUUCGAACUGGGUUUCGCCAUGGCCAGCCCCAAUGCCCUGGUGCUCUGGGAGGCCCAGUUUGGUGACUUCCACAACACAGCACAGUGCAUCAUUGACCAGUUCAUCUGCCCUGGACAGGCCAAGUGGGUGCGGCAGAAUGGCAUCGUGCUGCUGCUACCCCAUGGCAUGGAAGGCAUGGGGCCGGAACAUUCCUCUGCACGCCCAGAGCGGUUCCUGCAGAUGUGCAACGAUGACCCAGAUGUCCUGCCGAACCUCAAUGAAGACAACUUUGACAUCAGCCAGCUGUAUGACUGCAACUGGGUGGUCGUCAACUGCUCCACGCCUGGCAACUUCUUCCAUGUCCUGCGCCGUCAGAUCCUGCUGCCCUUCCGAAAGCCGCUCAUCAUCUUCACUCCCAAGUCCCUUCUGCGCCAUCCUGAGGCCAGGACCAGCUUUGACGAGAUGCUCCCAGGAACCCACUUCCAGCGGGUGAUACCGGAGAGCGGCCCUGCUGCCCAGGACCCAACCAACGUCAAGCGGCUCCUCUUCUGCACUGGCAAGGUGUACUACGACCUCACCCGGGAGCGUGCCACCAGGGGCAUGGCUGAGCAGGUGGCCAUCACACGCAUUGAGCAGCUGUCACCGUUCCCCUUCGACCUGCUGCUGAAGGAGGUACAGAAAUACCCGAACGCCGAGCUGGCCUGGUGCCAGGAGGAGCACAAGAACCAAGGCUACUACGACUACGUGAAGCCCAGGCUCCGGACCACCAUUGACCGUGCCAAGCCUGUGUGGUACGCCGGCCGGGACCCAGCAGCCGCCCCUGCCACCGGCAACAAGAAGACGCACCUGACGGAGCUUCAGCGCCUGCUGGACACUGCCUUCGACCUGGAUGCGUUCAAGAAGUUCUCCUAAAUGCUCCUGGGGUGCGGGGCCACCACUCCCCUCUUCCAUGCUGCCCUUUGCUUUUCCACUAAAGAAUAGUGCCUGAGCGUGCCCACACUCUGCCCUUGAUGCGCCCUGCUAGGAUUUAGGCUCUUGUGCCCGAGUGCCGCCUGCCCCCUGGCUCCCAGGUCGAGCCAACUGUCAGGCUGGGGGAUGAGGGCCAAGAAGAAGUCCCCUCCCCCUCAGCUCUAGCCUCACCCAUCCCUAGCACCACCCCUCAGGCAAGAAAGGAAUCCAGUGUCGCCUCCCCUUGUAACCCACGGGACUCUGCCUCCUGCUGGGAACAGGAUUUGUCUUCUCAGAGCCACCUCUUGGGAUCCGGGGGCCACUGCAGGGGAGCCUGGGUGGCCAGGGUGUGGCCUGGCCUGAUCUGGCCCAACCUGUGCUACCCCUCAAGGGUCCGGGGCCGUGCAUGGGGGCCAUGUCCCACUCACUCCUGGGUUCUGGGCAACACCCUCGGUGCCCAUAGCUGGGCACUGACUGCUCCGUCUCCGUCCCACCGACCGCCCUCUCUCUCCUGCCACCCCAUUCUGGCCGCAUCCUUGAUCCUGGUGGAGACUUGCAAUGAGUCCUUUUCUUUGCCAAAGCAGGUCAGGAGCAGGAGAAGGGGGAGGCCUGGCGGCCCAGGGCUCACUGCCCAGCCUCACUUUGACCUUCACAGGGACAGAUGUGAUUAUUUAUUUUGGUUAAGAAAAAACAAACAUGUUUGCAUUGCAUCGGCUUGACCCAUAAACUAAGUUAUCCGCAGCA